UUGCUGAGAAAGCCAAUAGAUAAAACAGCUUCAUAUCUACGGUGAAAACCACCAGGAACGUAAACUUCCGCUUGCGUUCUAAAACCGGAAGUGACGGCGCAUGUAUGGUGCGGUCCGUUGGGUAGGUAGCAAUCCAACGUUUUUCUAAUAAAAAUUAACAUAUAACGCAGGGAAGCUAGAAUUAUAAUAGAUAUAUUGAUCAGGAUAAAUACUGCUAUCAGAGUGCUAGCUCUAUGAAAAGGAACGGCCAGCCACAUCGAAGAAGCUAACAGUGUUAUUAUCAUAGGUUGGGUUACUGUUUUGUUUGCUUCAGCGCUGCUAACGUGUCAGAAGCUGGGCGUUUUGCUUGAGCGUCAUACAUGGAUCUCCACGUCAGUGUUAAAGAUGAACCCACUAGUGAUGGCGAACCUACGUAUGGCUGGCGCACCCCUCUCCAGACCUCGGAAAUGGACUCAAGUCCCAAAGCUUCAGGUGUCGUCGACCAUUUGGAUUUGGAACCUGGGCACUUGCCGAAUGUCAGUGAGGAAGGCAAAUCCAUAUUCAGUGUGAUUGUCAAAGACGAAGAGGGAAGUGAGGAUGAAGAAGAGAGAGAUGAGGAGGAUGACGUGGUUGACCAAGGUUCAGACCCAGACUACAUGCCAAGUCCCGCAUUGGUACUGAACACAAAGGAACCCGCCACGAAGAAGGCGGACAGAACCACAAAGAGACUUCACCACUGCGCCGACUGCGGGAAGACCUUCGAGCGGCUGUCGCGUCUGAAGAGGCACGAGCCGUCCCACCGGAGGAACACCAAGCACCCGUGCCUCGACUGUGACCAGUCAUUCGCCAACCUCACAGACCUGAAGAGACACAAGGCGACGCACAGGAGCCGAGAGAGGCCGUCACACAAAUGUCCCCAGUGCGGAAAGGUUUUUGAGAAGCUCUCGCGCCUCCGCAGGCACCAGCCCGUACACCAGAGGAGGAAGAGGACAGAUCACCCGUGCCCUGUAUGUGGCAAGACCUUCAAGAAGUUAUCAGGCCUGCUUCGGCACGAGCGAGGACACACAGGAGAGAAACCAUUCCUCUGCUCUCAGUGUGGGAAGAGCUUUGCCGACGACCGUCAUCGGAAAGUCCACGAGCUAGCGCACCAAGGGAAGAUGGACAGGCCGCAUCGCUGUUCCGAAUGCGGCAACUGUUUCCCCAAACUGUCUGAGCUUCGGCGCCACCAACGGGCACACACAGGAGAGAAACCCCACCAUUGUCCCGACUGUGGGAAGACUUACUCCCGUUCAGAGACCCUCAAAAGGCACCAGCUAACUCAUACGGGAGAGAGACCCCACCUCUGUCCCGACUGUGGAAAAAGCUUCAUUGACUUGCCACAGUUGAAAUCCCACAUACGGAUUCACACGGGAGAGAAACCAUUUCACUGUACCGUGUGCGGGAAGGCUUUCUCACAAAGAAGCAACAUGAAGGCACAUCAUAGGACUCACACUGGGGAAAAACCUUACCACUGUGCCGACUGCGGGGCUGGUCUCUCAACAUCUUCCAGCUUGAAAGAGCACCAGCUAAUUCACACGGGAGAGCGGCCCUUCCAGUGUGUCGUCUGUUUCAAAAGUUUUCUUCACAUCUGGAGACUCCGAAAACACCAGAAGAUACAUACACGCACACCGGAGUAACACACACACACCAACCACAAAUCAAGUCUAUCCAUUCUUGGAAAGAAAGAAUAACAUUAUAUCUUUAUACUGCCAACAUGUUGACAAGUUGACUGAACAGGUGUUUGACGAUACUUUGGUUAACUACAACAACAGCCUUUCUCGGUUUACUGCAUCACCAACUGAUUUUCACUUUACCCAGGCUGCUACUGAAGUACCCCUUGAGCAUUUUACUGAAUGACGGAAAUGGAGAGUGGUAGUAACAUUUUCUGUUUUACAACAGAAACAGUGUAAGGAAUGAACCAAUGGUACAUGACACCUCAGAAAGGACUGGGACAGCCAAUAUGACCGGACCGCUUCAGGGUAAAGAUGAUCACUUAAUUUAACCAAGAUCCCAAGAUCCAACAGAGUUUUGACUUUGCUUUUUUUCUGGUGCGAAAGACAGUCUCUGGUUGGAGCAGGGUGAUUCUUACUGUGGGAACUGUGAUUGUAAAAUGGUUGACCAGGGCGUUGUAGGAAUGGCAAAAUUAAAGCAAAUCACUUUUAACUGCUCUAAUUGCGUUGGUAACCGGUUUAUAAACACAAUGAGGCAAUCUUGGGCGUCUUUGAUAUCUGGCCAAUGUACCUCAGCUAAGCACUGUGUCCAGGAGCUCCGUAGUGUGUUGUGCCGAAGAACAGCUCUUAGCCAUGGCAUAUUGGCCAUAUACCUCAACCCUUGUGCCUUAUUGCUUACUUAAUACAUGGAUCCACAGGGGGUCCUGGCACAGGUUUGAGAACCACUGGUCAAGAGAUGGGUGUAACGGGGUCUACCCGCCAGGCUAGCAGGGGCUGAUGACCUGUGAUCAUGUUACUGCGAUGUAAUGGGGUCUACCCGCCUGGCUAGCAGGGGCUGAUGACCUGUGAUCAUGUUACUGCUAGUAAUGGGAUUCUACCCACCAGGCUAGCAGGGGCUGAUGACCUGUGAUCAUGUUUCUGCUGGUAAUGGGAUUCUACCCACCAGUCUAACAGAGGCUGAUGACCUGUGAUCAUGUUACUGCUAGUAAUGGGAUUCUACCUGCCAGGCUCGCAGUGGCUGAUGACCUGUGAUCAUGUUUCUGCGGGUAAUGGGAUUCUACCCACCAGGCUAGCAGGGGGUGAUGACCUGUGAUCAUGUUACUGUGGGUAACGGGGUUCUACCCACCAGGCUAGCAGGGGCUGAUGACCUGUGAUCAUGUUAAUGGGGCUAAUUGGAUUCUACCCACCUGGCUAGCAGGGGGUGAUGACCUGUGAUCAUGUUACUGUGGGUAACGGGGUUCUACCCACCAGGCUAGCAGGGGCUGAUGACCUGUGAUCAUGUUACUGUGGGUAAUGGGAUUCUACCUACCAGGCUAGCAGGGGCUGAUGACCUGUGAUCAUGUUACUGUGGGUAAUGGGAUUCUACCUACCAGGCUAGCAGGGGCUGAUGACCUGUGAUCAUGUUACUGUGGCAAUCUGUCUUUGUGGUGAUGUCACUCGCUAAUGAGUGUUAGCCAAAAUAAAGCUUAAUAUAUCCCGAUUCAAAUCUACUGUUGGUCAGCUUGCAUUUUUAUUGACUACCUAAACAUUUUACUUUACGUAUGAAUAGAAAUAAAUAUAAAAUGAAUGGUAUUUUACUGUGAUUGUGAGAGAUAUCUUAUUGUAAUUCCUCUUCAUGCUGUCCCCAUUGUUUUACGCUUUUUAUAUAACAAACUACAACACAAACGUUAAACAUGAUUGAUCUAUCUACUGUAUGUUCAGAAAGAACACCCCAAGCCAGGUGCUUUAUGAAAACUGUCUUGGCCUUUAUUCUUAAUUGUAAAAAAAAUUUUAAAAAAAUUGACACAAUGUAUAUUUUUUAUCUACAGGCAUACUUUUAAGUUUUUGUGUGUGCGAAAAAUUAAAUUAAAACAUGAGUGGAGUAUUAAUGGUCGGAGUGUCUGAAGGAGUGGGAAUACACCCUCUUUUAAUUGUAUUUCUGUGUUGUGUGAGUGGAAUAAUGUUAAUUUUCCAUUCCCUUUGGUGUAAUAUACUUUGAAGUUUUAGUUAAAGAAAGCACCUUCGGC